CCUCUCAAACUUUUCAAGACAGGCUAACGACUCGGGACGGUCGUAUGGAAAACGACACAUGCACGUUAUUAUAUAUUGUAACGAAGUGCCCCACGGUUUUUGAUUUUCUUCUUCGUAACGAGUUUGCGACAUUUGGGAAAAAACGCUGCAGGAGAACCGAAACAGGACAUUCGCAUUAUUGAAAGGUUGUCGAAAAUAAUUGUGGAAAUGGACACGGGACAGUGUAAAGUGAUUUGGUGAAGCCGAAUUUGGGGUUGAUUUUUUCAAUCGUUCAUUCCUCGAAGUCAUUAAUUUUGUCACCCCUCCGUGGGAGGAAGUUCUUUUUUCUAUCAAUUUUUAUUCAAGUGCAAUAAUCUCGAUACGUUGAUAUACAUCAAUUACGGAUUGGAACGUACCGAUUUGUACAAGAUGAUCAUUCGGCGCCGUUCGAUUUUGGCGGCGACGAUCCUACUAACGAUUUUCGUGAAUUCCGGUUCGACGAAGGGCGAAAGAUGGUCCCGUCAGGUUUCGAACAGCGAAUGGAUCCCUCUGGCGAAUCCCAGAUCCCUCACGGAACACGGGGGGGGUAGUUUAUCCGGAAUCGGACCUUCGGGAGUCACGGGAAAUCAGGGGCAAAUUCAACCUUUGGCUCUACCCCCGGCCCUACGUCAGCAAUAUCAACAUCAGCUGUACCAACUUCAAGAAACCCAGGAGAGCAUACAGAAAUUGUUGCUACUUCAGCAACAGCUCAGAGCCCAACAGCAACUACUUCAAGCGCAGUCCUAUAUUCCCGAGGGAUUCGCCACCGACGAAGCUAGGAAGGCCGCGUUGCACCAAAGCACGAUCGCAAAUCUUCAAACUCUUCCGCAUCUCGCCCCAGACGCGCUGCUUCCGCCUCCUCCGGGGGACCAGCCGCAACCCCCGGAAUUUCCUGCCCAGGAGUUUUUGGUUUCGAAUGCCCAGAAAUUAACGGCUCAGCAGAACGUUGGUAAUUUGAGACACCAAGAAGCGGCGUCUGGAAGUAACGAGGAAACGAAAGGCGACGAAGCGAACGAGGAAGCCUAUUCGGGAGGCGAGGAAAAGUCGAAAGAUCAUUCCGCCAGACAAGGAGGACAUUACAAGAACACGAAAUCGUUGAGGGAUAAUAAAAAUGGUGAUCGAUUCGCCGCGCAAACCGUUACGCCUGGCUCUACGGACGCCCAGAAUGACGGCGAGGAGGAAGUACAACUUCUUUACGUCCCUGCGGAAACUCUAGCGCAACGCGACGGUCAGCGAGUAAAACCUUCGCAGAGAGUGAGAAAUCGUAAACAGUACGCGUCGCACCACCACCACCAACAACAACAACAACAACAACAACAACAACAACAAAACCAAUUUCAACAACAAGACGUAAAUAAUCAGGGAUUGGAAGGUACCAGGCCGAACGCAGCGCAGCAGGCGUUCGCUCAUCAAGUGUUGUACCAGUUGCAACAAGAGCAAGCGGAAAGAGACCGAAUCCAUAAGGAAGAACGAGAAAAGGAAUUGGAUCGUUUGAAGGAGGAGGAAAAGGAACUGGAGAGACGAGCGAAACAUCAUCAGGAGUUCGUGAUCAAGGAGCAGGAAUUGAAGCGACAAAAGGAGUUGGAGCUGCGAAAGGAACUGGAAAGAAAGGAGGAGGAGGCUCGCCAGAAGGAAUUGCAGAAGCUUCGAGAACUGAAACAACGAAAAUUGGCCGAGGAGGAAGCAGCGCGCAAAAAGGAAUUCGAGCGACAGGAGUUACUGGAGAGACAAAAAAUUGCCGAGCUCCGCGCGCAGGAUAGAAAGCAGAAGGAAGCGGAGGCGAGACAAGCGGAAAUCGACAGGUUGGCUGCCCUAGAACGACAGAAGGAAUUGGAAAUUCAACGGUCAUUGGAACAGCAGCGAGAACUGGAACGACUGCAGGCCGAGGACGAAGCCAGGGCUAGAGCGCUGAUCGAAAAUCAACGCUUGGCUCAGGCGAACGCUCAACUCGAGGCUCAUCGCCAAGCGCAUCAAGAAGCCAUCGAGACCCAAAGGCAGGCGCAAAUCGACGCCGCCAAAAUCGACGCUCAAAAUCGUGCUCAAAAUCAAGCUCAACAACAGCAUCUCACCGAAACCACGAAGCCGAAGAGCUCGAGGAUCAAGGGAAGACUCAGACACAGAAAUAGACAGGAAAAUCAAGCUACGACGCCGUCUCCGAACCAACCGCCCCUUUCGGUUUACAUGGGCGGCCACGAUCCCGCCGGUAACCCGGACGACCUCCGUGUUUCCGAUGUCCUUACGAUUCUGAAAAACGCCAAGACUAUUUCCGUACUGGAUUCCGUCGGGCCGGACGCUCCCCAGAUUUUCGUCGGUCCAACGAAUCUCGAUCCUCCGAACGGUUACGCUAAAUUUGAUCUGCCGUAUUUGUCGUCCAUCGACAACAACCGAGUAGAAAGAAAGGUGGACAAAUUGCCGUUUUUCGUAGCUCCCCUCAGUUUCAAACCUCCGCCCGGAUACUCGAAGAUUCCAUUCCCCGCUCCGCACAUCGGUUCCGUGGUCGUCAAUAACCUUGACAACGAACCGGACGGCCUCGACGGUCCACCCGGAGGCGUUUUGAAAACCGACGAAGAAACGCGGCCGAACGUCAACCCGCUAAUCGAGUCUAAUUCUUACGUCGAGGGCACUUUGCUUCCACCCAGAUUCUCCUACGACCCACAGAUCGCUUCCGAUUACGUUUCGGAGGCCGUAGUCGCUACGACUACGCCGAAAUACGAAGCCGUUUAUUCGCCCGCUCCUGCUUCGGGGACGCGUUUCAGGCACAGGCAAUUUUACAACGACAGACUGCCGGUUAACGGUUCAUCGAGCGCGCGGUACGAAGAACAGUCGGCAACCGAAUCCGGUGGUAUAACCAGAACGAAGUUCAGGCAAUACUAUAACGACAAUGUCCAAGGUCAAGUAACUCCGACUUACGGUUCGGCGACCACACCGUCGCCGGACACCGCGUACCGGACUCACGCCGAGACGAAUUUCGAAGCACCGGCUCCCGAGGGAAGCAUCGCCGCGAGGUUGCCUCUGAUCAAUCGCGAAUCGAACCAGAACGGAGAUACCGGAAAUCGUUACGAUUUCGAUCAGCGAGUUGCCUCCGAUCCCUUCCAAGCGAAUCGUGGCGGCGAUCCGUUCGAUCCUUCGGUAGAAAGCGGCGCGUCCGAAUUUUCGCUCUCCCAGAAUCACGAGAGUCAAGUGGAUCCCGGCGACCGGGUCGGGGCAUCAUCUCCUGGCCCUACGCAGUAUUCGAUACACUCGGAACUUCCGAAUAUAUCUCCGCAACUACCGGGCCUCGUCAAUUCUUUGCUCGAUCAUUCGGAACCGUCGGAAAAUAUCGUUACAACGACCACGACGACGACCACCACUACCGAAGCUCCGACCACCACGACCUACAGAUCCCGAGGGAGACAGAGGGGCAGAGUCGUUCCAACCAGGGCUCCUACGACGACCGAAUCGACGCCGACCAGAUCACACGUUAGCGACAGACAGCGCAGACCCUACAGCAGAUCUAGAAUCCGACAGGGAUACCAGACUACCACGGAAAACUAUCCGGACGCAACCUACAAUCCGACGAAAUCCAAGUUCUCUGGAGCGUCGCAAGAGAAAAGUCAUCAUCAAUUCUCGAGCAGCAUUCCCGAACCGCAGAGGAGACCGUCGGCUAGGAGUCAGAGAUACCGAGGAAAAGGCAGCGACAGGAAUGCGGUUCAACCGGAGGCCCGUCCGGAAGCUGGGCUCUCUCAGGCGGAGGUCGGUUCCCGAAAUCAGGAGAACCAGAACUUCCCCAAUAUUCCAAACUCGGCGCAUUCUCCGCGCGGCGAAAACGUUGAAUCUGGAAGUCCCACGGGCGACGAAAUUUCGCGGCCAAACGCACUUCCGCUUCAGGGUAAUCCGCAAGAAUCGCCCCUCGCGCAGGAAGUUGUGGACCCGUCCUUCCAACGGGAUGACAUCUCGGAGAUCCAAGGGAUCAAUUAUCAAUCGGGAUUCAGAAACUCGAAUUUCGGACAGACGAAUGUCGAGCAGAAUCCGGUGAACGGGUUCAAUUAUCAGUCGCAGAACGAACGAAAGCUCGAAAAUACUCCACAAGCCGCCCCGGCGUUGACACCUCAACAAUAUCCCGCGGAGAUUUAUAAUUUCUACGGGAAUCAAGGAAUCGUUGAAUCCUCGGGGAAGGAAAACGCCAAUUUCGAAAGCGAUCAUACCUACGGCUCGGCUCCUCAAAAGCCCAUCAGUCCCGCAAACCAGGAGACCCAAUACCCAAAAUCUGGACCCGUUUACGACCACUCUGAUUUCCAGCAACAACUGACGACCACGACAACAACGACGACGUCGACGACAACCGAGGCUCCCGAGGUGACGACACCUCGGCCAACUUUGACUCCGGCUCCGGUGAUCAUUCGGCAAAGGUUGCGCAGCCGUUUGAACACUAAUGCUCAGCGCGUUCCGCACGCUGAUUCCCCGAUCCAAACCCGCCCGACUGGAUCUCGGGAUGAAUUCGUUCGCUUCAACGCGGUCAACCACGAUUCCAGGCAUCAGUCCUCCCCGUCCGCGUCGUCGAGAAAUCAUCAGCAGGGAACGCGCCCCAGGCCGAGGAAUCGCGUGCAAGUCAACCAGCCGAACGUACAAACGGAAGGGGAUGAUUACGUGAGAAUUCAAACGCCUCACCAAAAAUCCACCGCAACAACUACCACGACCAGCACGACACCGGCGCCGGAAAGUUACGCCAAGGAAUCGGAAGAGGAGGUGGAAUACGGGUUCAUCAGACCGCCGAGCUUCAAACCAAUUUAUCCGGUUAACGAAAAAUUCAAUACCGCAAAUUUAGCGACGGCGUACAAGCCGAAAUACGAACAGGUCCAAUCGGAAGAGUCAUCGAACAACGCUCCCGUGGAAGUGGACAGUCCCCAGUCGCAAAUUUCGCCGAAAAACCGGCAGAAGUACCAGGUGAUGAACAGACGACCUUUGACAAGGUCGACGACGUCGUCGCCGACCACAACGACCGCCGAAAUCCCGGACGAAGAAGUUUUCACUCUGAGACCGAAAGUACAGAGCGAAGAGUGGAAGGUCGGCAAAACUCGUCUCCGGACCCGUAGACCCGGAAAAAGGAGAACCACGACGACUUCGACGACCACAACAACCACCACGACCACCACCGAGUCAAUUCUGGAUUCCAGCAACGAAUUACCCCUAGACGAAAAUUAUCCGCAAAUAAUUCAGGGAGUUCCGUCGUCCCCGUUAGAAGGUACUCGGCGAACCCUUUUCGACGAGGAAUUGAAAUCGUCAAACUUGGAAAACCUUCCGCAAGCCGAAGCACUGCUCAGAACUGGACAGCUCGACACCUUCCGACAGCAAGAUGACGCACAGCUUCCACGGCAGGACUUUGUGCUGAAUUUCGGUAUCGGUCCCAGCCACCAGGAAAGCCAGGAAGACUACGAUCAGACGCAACUCGCCAGUUCGCUCCCUAGGAAAUACAGUUACGUGAAUCGAAAAAGCGUCGUUAGAACGCGUCCGGAAAACGAAGAAAUCCCCGACGUCGAGGGCGCCGAGAGCCAAUGGUCAACCAAAUUGACCCAUGCUUCUUUUCAGCCAAGCUCUUUACCGAACCGAGUUCAAUCCGCAGAAAAGGAUAACGAGAGACAAGAGAAAAGCGACGAUUCGUUCGACAUCAUAACCGCCGGACCCGAUCUCUCGUCCGCCGAAGUUCUCGUGACCAGCAGCAUUUCGAACGCGCCAAGAGACGCAGUCGUCGUAAACACCAGUUAUUUUGGCAACGACGAGAAGCAAACGCCGCAGGAACCGCCGACGCUCCAACCGAGAUCAACCGUAGAUGAAAAGAGCGAGGAUCCAGUCGAAAAGGAUGUGAACGCGAACUCGGAUGGGCUCGAGUUCUGGAGUAAUGGAGGGGACGUUGCAUUCGGAGGCAAUUCAAACUCAGCGAAAAACGAAGCGAACGAAGCGCUCACGACCUUGAACAUUCCCCAGGAUAACCCGGAGGAAAUCACUGCGCCGGUGACCACAAUCCUUCCGGAGUCUGCUGGUUCCGAUUUGCGGAAAAAUACGCCCCCCGAGCCGACCGGAGAACCGAAGACCACGAAGAGAACCGGACACAGACGUAGACGCGUUCGCAUCCGUGUCAGGCCGGCCGAGGAUAUCGAAAGCGCGGAAUCGCAGCACGUCGGAUCCGCCUGGAACCACCUGAUUCAGGGAAAGGAUAGUUUCGACAAAAAUUCACGCUUCGAAGAGCCCAAACCGACGACGUAUGUCCCGACUUCUUCGACCACCGAAGUGCCGACGACGAGGUCGUUCUUCGAGGAACUCUUCGACGAAAUGUCGAAAAACAACGAGGAGUUCCGAGCUGCGGUUGUUUCUACUACGACGGACGUACCCGACGAUCCGGAACCUUCGACACGAGAUUCGACGAAACAUUACGAAGAGCCAACCACCGAAACGACCACCACGACACUCGGGACGACGACGACAUCCUCGGAGACUCUUUCCGGGAAUCCUGACCCGACUACCUCGAACUACCUUGACCUCCGAACCACCUUGCCGGAUGAAAAGAUGGCGACGCAAGCCACUACCGAACGUCACAGCUUUUCUCCGAAGUCACGCGAGAAAAAAAUUCGACCCUCGAUCGGUCUUGAGAAAUACGAAACUACCGAGGCAACGGAUAUGGAACACCGUCGUUUCCAUCCCAAGCAGACGCUAAAAAAUUGGUGGUAUCGUGAUCAGGAGUCUUUGAGCGAAGAUAAAUCGAAGCCGUUCGCACCGAAGUUCGUUACGAAUUAUCCGAAAGUUGGAACUGAAACGACCACAAUCGCGACGGAAUCGCCGGAACAGGCUUCACCCACGUCGCAGAGUAUGUCCGAUUACGUGAACGCGUUUUUCAAGAGCUUCGAGAGCCACGAAGAUCAGGACGAGGAAAACGGCAAGGAUUCGCCGCAUGCCACAGAAGCGUCGUCGACGUCGACUUUGAAAACUGAGGAAGAAACUGUCGAGAACUUCAAGUCAGACGAACCUACAACCGUCUACAGCGUUGGAAAAGUUUUCGAAGAAACGAGAAAGGAGAAUGAAAAUCCCCCUCCCGAAGCUGAAGAAUCCGUCACGAUACCAACGAGAGUGGAAGAGACGACGUUACAAACGACAGCAACGCCGGAAGUGACGUCUUAUUCGGUUCUCCAUACGACGCAGGAGGUCCCAUUUUCUCCCGAAGAGUUGACCACGACGGAGAUCCCGUCCACCGCGACUACGUUGCGAUCCGCAUCGAUCAAGACAAAUCCUAGCACGACGAACGACCUUUCGAAAGUAUUGAGAACCUCGACGACUACGGAAAUUUCUCACAUGACCGAAAUAUGCUACAGAGGACGGUGUGUGAAGACAAAAUCGCGGAAAGAAGUUCGUCGGAAAUAAAUCCGAUCGUAUCGAAAAUUUUACUAUAUUAUUCUCGCCCGAAAGUACAAGAAAGAAUGAAACGAAAAAAAAAAAAAAAAAUACGAUAAGAAUAAUGAUAAAAA